CAACCAGCCAUGCUGGUGUCUGGCUAUCAUCACCCCCGAGGUGCGGGUCCAGAUCCUAACGCUCUGGGCCAUCGGCGUGCCCACCCAGGAGAUUUCCACUAAGCUGCGCGUGCCGACCCGGACCUGCCAGCAGCUCAUCCAGAAGCCCAGGGCGCGGGGAUACAACCCUCACCAGGACUUCGCGUCCGCAAGGAACACAUCGAGGACGGCAAACGAUCUGGUCGACCGAAAACCCGCGUGGCUCAGCCUGCCGACGACCCUGAAGGCGAGCAGCCCCGGAUAAACGCGUCUCCGAGCGAGCGCUGAUCGCAUCCAUCUCCAUCCUCCAUCCUCUCCCCGAUCCAUCUCCGCGUCUCCUAACCACCACCACCACCAUCAUCAUCAUCACCACCACACCAAUGGCAAUAACCCACCUCUCCAUGCCUCCUUGACUACCAAUUCCAUCCUCCACACCAAUCCCUCAUGCCGCGCCCCCUCCCCAUCCACCUAACCACCACCCUACGCUGCAUCCCCAACCACGCCCUCUUCUCCGACUACAUCGAGCCUCUCUCCCCCACAAUCUCCACCCACGACGUCCUCUCCUCCCUCUCGCCCUCCCUCAUCGCCACAAACCCCGACUUCGACCUCUACCGCCGAGUCCGCGCCUCCGGACCCUCCGCCCUCACCCCCGCAGACCUAAACCCCGACAUCAACACCCCGAUCGGCAAACCCAACAACCCGGGCUGGAAACUCGACAAAUGGAAAUUCCUCCCCCUGCUGGACGAAGCGCUCCUCCUUAAACCCGACGCGAAAUGGUACGUCUUCAUGGAAGCAGACACUUACAUCCUGUGGGAUAAUCUCCUCGUUUGGUUGAAACGGUUCGAUCCACGGGAAGCGGUGUACCUGGGAAACCAGAUGCAGAUCGUGGAUGCGAUAUUCGCGCACGGCGGGUCGGGGUUCAUCCUAUCCAAACCUGCUGUCGUGAGGGCCGUGGAACAUCGCAAACGAAGCAGCGAUGGGUGGGAACGCGCCGUGGGGGAACAUUGGGCGGGCGAUUGUAUGUUAGGGAUCUUGUUGGAGGAUGUGGGGAUUGAAUUGACGUGGGCGUGGCCGAUGAUGCAGAUUGCGCCUCCUGGGGAGAUGGAUUAUUUUUCCCUUGGGUAUGAGAGGAGGCCGUGGUGUUAUCCGGCGGUGUCGUUUCAUCAUUUGGAUGAGGGGGGGAUUAAGCAGCUACAUACGAUGGAGAGGGAGAGGAAGGAGAAGGGAAAGAAUAAGGGUCCCCUGCUUUACAGGGAUGUAUUCCUGGACCUCAUGCGGCCGGAGUUGCGGGAUAUCAGGACAGACUGGGAUAAUCUCGUCGAAGGGGAGGCCGUGCCCGUGUCUAGCUUCGCGGCUUGUCGGGGCGUGUGUUCCCGGGAAGCUCUGUGUUUGCAAUACGCCUAUAACGAGACGGCGAGCGAAUGUCGCACCUCCAAGGUGUUGGCUCUGGGUCAGGCACGCCCCGGGGUAGGGCUGUCGGCCGGGUGGAUGACGGAGCGGAUUGAUGCCAUGGCGGAGAGUCUGGGCGAGUGUGGUGAGAUCAACUGGAUUUGAUCUCCUUUCUUCAAUUCAGCAUAUUCAAUCUUACACAGCGAACAGCUAGCCAGCUAGCAUACACACAUAUAUACACAUCAUCACCUACCCAACCACCCCCGCACCCGCAAACCCU